GGGGCCGAAACCCUUCCUUUCUUCCUUCAUUCCAUACUCCAAACUUACCACCAAUCACACCAAUCACACCACCAACAUGGCUUCCAAACUCACCAAAUCCAUCGCCAUUAUCGCCGGCGCAGGCCCCGGCACCGGCGCCUCCAUCGCCCGCCGCUUCGCCCAGACCUACCCUGUCGUCCUCCUCGCCCGCCGCGCCUCCAGCCUCGACCCUCUCGUCGAGCAGAUCACCCAAGCCGGCGGCACCGCCAUUGGCAUCCCCGCCGACGUGACCCAGCCCGGGGCGAUGGAGUCGACGAUGCAGCAGCUCGAGCGCCAGUACGGACGCGACCAUUUCACCGUCGCCGCGGCGGUCUUCAACGUCGCCAGCAAAUUCUCCCGCUCCGCCUUCUUGGACUCCGGCGAGGAGUUUCUGGCCAGUCUGGAGGCGACCGCGCGCGGCGCUUCGAAUUUCUCCAAAGCCGUGCUUCCGUUCUUGCUGCGUGCGGUGGAGGAAGGCCCGCAGGGGCAGCUGCCGCCUACGCUUGUGUUUACGGGCGCAACGGCUUCCUUAAAGGGAGGUUCCGGGCUUGGCUCCUUCGCGAUGAGCAAGUUCGCUGUCCGGGCUCUAGCGCAAUCGCUGGCGCGCGAGUUCGGCCCCAAGGGGGUCCAUGUCGCCCACGCCAUUAUCGACGGGAUCAUCGCCACGGAGCAGACCAAGGAGUACUUGGCGGACAAGCCGGACGCGAAGAUCGAUCCCGACUGGAUCGCGGAGGCGUAUUGGUUCCUGCAUAGUCAGCCUAGGUCUUCUUUUACGCAUGAGCUGGAUUUGAGACCGUAUUGCGAGACGUGGUGAUUCCUUUCUGGUGUUAGCGGGGUGUUCCUGUGUUGAAGUUGUCGAGAACAGGAUUCUUGCUGUUUGGUGGUAUAUGUCGAGGACUUGUGCUCGUUGAGAUCCUAGGCUUGGUCUGUUGAUUGGGGCCUGCGGGCUAUAAUUCUCACCGCAUUCGCCUACUAUGCGUGGACAUCAGGGACAUUGUACGCAGGCGAAUAUGCCAUGCAGCUGCGUUUGAAUGCACAGUAACUCAGAUGAGCGCAAACUACUGUACCUACUCCCUGACUACUGCUACCAGUAAUUAAUCUUCGAUUCAACACUCU